AUGCUAUGCCGGAGAUACGGACCGCACACCACAAUAUAUUGGGAACCAAAGGCCCAACACCUCAAACACCUAAUUGGAACAAGGUGCAACUUUGACCAAAAGUAUUAUCGGUACUAUAACAAGGCCAGCUAUAAUCACGACCUGCUUGCCCACAACAGACGACAUCAAGAUUUUGAACUUCCAAACCACCUUAUUAACAACUAUCAAUUACCAACUUAUCUACCUACAAUGGUGGUGGAUCCACAACUUACGCUUGACGCCUUUCUACCUAAUCCUCAUCCAACGCAACCAACACCACUCAUAAGUAAAGAAGUGUGCCAAGGUGUGAAUGCGGUGUUUGCUACUGCUCAUAAUACCCGGAUGAACCGAGGUUGCCCACACAAGGCCUGCUUUGACUGUUGCAACAAACUUGGUACUCUAGCAUGUUUGCCGCAUGAGGCUCAGGCCAGGAAGAAGACAAGGGAAGCUGUCACCGAUGGAAUUGAAGGACAACAAUCCGAACAACCUACACCUUUGAUCACUGCCGCUAUUCCAACGCCACAUUCCAGGGUUUCAUCAAACACUGCAGUGAAUGAUGAAAACCAAUCGACUCAUCCAACAACCAAACCAUCAGAGGACUUGGCACCUAGCACCCAAGCAGGACGUACCUUCACCCGCCGUCUCAGCCCAACUGAAUUAAGUAAGUUUCGAAGCGUGUCGAUCAACAAACAAGCCGAAGAGAGAAUCCAAAACGAUGCACUUGCGUUAGCUAAGAAGCUAGUUACUAUGGUGGUAUGGCCCGGCAACGAGCAAGACCCGUUUGGUUCCGAAACGUGGCAUGUACAGGCUAACAAAUGGCCUUUAUUUUCGCUGGACGAGUCAGAAGAGUUGUUAUCUCUUGUGGAGUCACGACUUGGGGCAAAUUGGAAGGGAGGUCUUAGGGUUUGGAAUCAUGAAGAACACGGCUGGGUCCACAUCAAAAUGUCUACGCAAGAAUUGUAUCCAAAAGAUUGUAAGAAGAUUCUAGUUCUACUUCCCAACGUCAAACCUUCGAACUGUGAAGGUAUCGAUCAUCAUCUGGCCUCCGUUGCACCCAUAUCGGAGAAGGCUGCUAUGGACAUACGUCCUAUGAUCACACCCACCCAACAAUCACGUACAUCCCUCUCAGUCACCCCAACACCAUCGCGUACACCCAUCUCGAUCACCCCAAUCCAUUCACAACUAAACACCACCUCUUCUUCAUCUCCAACACAUAUCUCAGAUUCAGAAGACGAACGUGAUGUGGCUACGAUGAACCUUAUCAAUGACGCUGUUGUCAAAGCAACCACCGGUAAUGAAGGCAGCUCUUCACCAAUUAAAUCCCGUCGUGCUCAGUGGCCUCGAGGUGUCACCAUGCACUCCAUGGUUACUUUUUUUGAAAGAUCUAUGCGCAAACAGACUUUGAUGAAAGUUGCGUGGGAAGAGCAAUUUCAAUCUUCUUACACAUACGCCUCAUCAACUGUAUCAACUUAUCGGGCUUUGCUGAAGGGAAUUGGACUCACUCGUUUGACUGAGUAUGUUGAAAAACAUGGUGACCACACGGUCCAACAAGCAAAGGAUUAUUUUGAUGAUGUCGACAACAGAACUUCCAAGCGUGCUCGACAAUGA